UCUCAAUUCAGGAGUUGGAGCAGCUAUCUCAGAAUCACCCAAUUAAUUCUUCAAAAGUUAUUGAUUGCUUUAGCUUCGAUUUCAGUCGAUCCAAGUCCACGCCGGCAGAAAGUGUAAGUAGAUUCUAGCUGUCAACGAAGACACCACGGCGCUGACUGUCUCCGAAGUUGAGAAGCUUCACACAUUGGCCCAAAAUGGAUCAUUGGUGUGAUGAACCAGCGAUAGGUUAAAUGUUUGAAUUUAUUUUGCACUGAAUAAGAGAGUUGUUUGGUAAUCAAUUUCUCAUUUGCACCAUCCUUCCCGUCAUAGCGCCAAUGUCAGAUGGGCAGCUCUCUGAGACGGCUCCAGAAUUUUCAAGUCUCGCGUCAGGAAAUCCGCUUGGGAUUCAUUACAGAUAAUGGCUUAGACAUUAUUGACUCGCAGACUAGGCCAGGACAGAACGGCUUACCGUCGAUCAUGUGGCAAUGGCACUCCGCAAAUGGGGCGGCAGCCGAGAGGGUUGCAAAGACUGCAGCAAUUGCGGGGAUAAAAAACUUCAUGGCGAAAAUAACGGUGCUGAUUUUCUAUAUUGAGCUCUGAGGAUCAAUGUUGUAUCAAGA